UUCAUAUAUUUAGAUCUUUGGGCACGCUCGUGCUUUUGAAGUGUUAGAUCUUUGAACUCUCUUAGCUUCGAAGUUUCCGAAGCCUUUAUAUUUUUAGAUUCUUAAGCACUUAAGUACAUAGAUCUUCAAAUCUGACAUCCUUGAGCACUCGGCUACAGCGAGCACUUAAAUUUCUCAAUUCUCGCAUUCACAAAUCCCUCGUACCUCUGACAGCAAGCUCGACGUAGCAAGUUGCCUGAAAUCGUUUCUUCCAACUCCUAAUCGUGACUACUAUCCGGCGUUUUAUGGAACGCCAUGUACACAUAAUUCACCGGCGAUUCGCGGUGUUCUCUUUUCCGUACUGAUGUCGUCGGGGGCAAGGAAUCGGGUAACGUCCAGGCGAAAUGGCACAGUGAGUUCGACCGAGGCUCUCACUAAAACUCGCUCGUUCGCUCACUCGCUCACUCUUGGUGGGGUAAACCACGAAGCGGGAUGGUCUCGGGAGCGACUCGAGGGUAUUUUCAUCGCGGCAGUGCAACACGUGCACUCAGUACUACUGGUGCACGCAUUUGUCUCGAUCACUCUUUACCAGCUCACGUUACCAAAUUUGUGGCGGUCAGCGGGUGCAUUCGACCUCCGUUAGUGGAUUGUUUCCGUGCAUUUUGUCGUUUAACUUCCAAACGAUGAUCGUCGGAUAGCGAUCUGUACUUUGGUGCGAUCGACGGUUCCACAUUGGAGAACAUCAACGAGAUGUAGACAGUCGGACGCCAACAUUGUUACCCGCGAGAUGUUAAUAUGGCGAACAUCAAGGUGGCCGUGCGCGUAAGACCGGUAUCUGUUAGGGAAUUAAACUUCACGGGGUCUGCGGCGGUAGUCCGCACGGAAUCGAAAGAGAUUUCUCUGACAAAUUUGAAAGUAUCGUCGAGCAAGGUCGGGGACAGUCGCGAGAGAACUCGAAGAUAUGACUUCGAUUACUGCUUCGAUUCAUCGGAUCCUGAAGCGAAGAAUUACGCCACUCAAGAAAUGAUCUACCAGACACUGGGCCAGUCUAUCUUGGACGUCAUGUUCUCUGGUUACAAUUCUUGCCUGGUGGCUUACGGACAGAGUGCAUCGGGUAAAACCUACACCAUGAUGGGCACAAAGGAAGAUCCAGGGUUGAUUCCACGGCUCUGCGAAGGAAUUUUCUCAAAGAUCGAGCAAGAGAACGAGCACGACAGGAUCUAUCGCGUGACAAUUAGUUAUCUGGAGAUAUAUAACGAGAGAGUGAGGGAUCUCCUGAAGCCGUCGACGAGCACAAGCGGUCUCCGAGUUCGAGAACAUCCUCGACUAGGACCUUAUGUCCAAGGAUUAACGCACCAUGUGGUUCGCACGCUGGGGUCGUUGAUAUCAUACGUGGAAGAGGGCACGAAGGCCCGAACGACAGCCUCGACACUUCAGAACCCCAGCAGCAGUCGUAGCCACGCUCUGCUGACCAUCGAUCUCUCGCAGGAGACGGUUGACGCCGAGCGUCCUAACGUCAGUGGUACUUCCUCGUCCUCCAGGAGGCAGGACGCCACUCUGCACGGUGGUAGCAGAUUGCACCUAGUCGAUCUGGCGGGCAGCGAGAGCGCGGCCACCUGCAGCGGCGUUCAUCGACUGAAGGAAGGUGCGAAUAUCAAUAAGAGCCUAGUAGCUUUAGGGAACGUGAUAUCCGCACUUGCCGAGAGAGGCUCAACCGGAAGUAGGCCAGGAAGAAGAUACAUCCCUUACAGAGACUCCUCGCUCACUUGGCUGUUGAAGGAUGCACUCGGUGGAAAUGCCACUACCAUUAUGCUCGCCACGAUAUCUCCAGCUAGCGGAAGUUACAACGAAACCGCACACACCUUACGAUUCGCGCAAAGGGCGCAGAGCGUGGUCAAUCGACCAGUGGUCAACGAGGAUCCCGUGGAGAGAAUCGUCCGUGAGCUAAGGGCCGAAGUCGCCAGACUAAAAUCUUUAUUAUUGGAAAAGGAUAUCGACCAGACUAAGGCGCCGUGUUGCUGCGGCAAAGUUCAAAGUUCAAAGGAUUCCGCUACGGAUUCUCAGUAUCACGAAGAACAAGAAUCACUCAAUUCGCAAUCCGAGGAAUCCAAUCACAAGAACAAGACUGUACAAUCGAACGAUAACAGAUUUCUCGAUUCACUUUCGAUAAGAAGAUUCAAUUCUAGUGAUAGUGUGAAAGUUUACGAGACAGAUUCUUCAGGGUUCAUUAGAAAAUUUAACUCCUGUGAGCAUCUGCAACUUCCAGACCGUUUCAUCAGCAAUUACAAACAAGCCAAGGUUACCGAGUUAAACGACGAGGACGAUGAAGUAGUGGACGAAAUCAACGAACCAGUCUUCGUGGAUAUACCGACGCUGGUAGCUGUGCUAAUCAAACCGGACGACAGCUUACAAGAAUCGUCGACACAUAUCGAGGAGAUUUGUUCCGACGAAGUGCAAGAAGAUUCGAUCGAUGCCGAUUUUAUAGAAGGCAGCAACGAAGAUUUCGAGGGUCCAGAAAGAAUCGAUGAUAUCGAUGAUCGCAGCAGUUCGACGAAUUCCUGCAUAUUAAAAGAUUCGGAUCUCAUUGAUCUUCAGACAUCAGAAUAUCUUCCACCAAGUCCGGCAUCUGUUGGGAGGAGUAAACCAAGAGGUAAAUUCAGUAAGCAGAAUUCGGUCGAUUUACCUUCGUCAAACUUGAAGAACGUCUCGAAGAAAUUUGGCUCUAUCGACGGGAUUAACAAGAAGAAGGAACCAACACCACUUUUCGGUGUUCAACGAUCACAUACAAACUUAGAGAAACGUCCAACGAUACCCGAUCGUGGAAAGAAGCUCAAUAAUAUCCGUGAGAUUGACGAUCGCAAGGCGAACGUUAAGUCAGAGAGCAUUUGGAAAGCGAUCGGCAACAAGGACUAUCUACAGAGAAAGAGUAGCAACGAGUCUGAUAAAAGCGUAAAAGAUUUUAGAUCAGGUAGCUACAACAAUAUCGGCAGAAAGCCGAGCUUGGAGAGCUUGAAGAGAAAGACGAGCAAGGAUAGUAGCUCAAGCAGCUCCAAGGACGAACAGAUCUUGAUUUCGAACUUGACGCGCGACAAGUUAGCGCGUAGAAAGAGCUCUUUGGACCAGGAAGCGGUAACAGCGGCAGCGGCGUCGGUAGCUGGAGGUUUUAAGCACACAGCUAUUCAGAAAGUGAAACGCGCCGAGAUUGUGGCAGCCGUCACAGAAAGGCUCUACUCUAGCAGAAAACCAAUAGAGGAUACGAAUAUGGCGAGCAGCAACGCGUCGGAUACGCGUUCACCCCCGGAGGGUACCGACUUGAAGAUGUCAUCGAACACUCUCAUGGCACGAUCAAGACUCCAGGAAAUCUCGCGGAAGAUGCUGAUGAAACGACGAAGAAUCAACGUGGAUACGCAGACGGAAGGGGCAUCGACGUUGCGCUUCAAAGACACGGCGUGCCUAACGGACGAUCCUAAGGUGGUUCUUCAAGAUGCAGCGGUCCUCACGGACGAUCAUGCGAAUGUUGACGUCGCGGUAGUCAUGAUGGACCCUCGAUUACCCGUUCUCAGGGUAAAAGACGUGGCAACACUGACUGAUCAACGGCCACAAAUCAACAUUUUCCGAUACAAGGACGCCGAAAGCUUGGCCACCGAUCUUGACUUCGAUGACUAUGAACUUCAUUCGCCACGAAAUGAUUCUGGUAUACUUUCCGACGACACGCAGAAUUACACGGAAAGUAAUCUAUCCGAUGUGUCCGAGCUUUAUCCGGAAGGUAGUGACAAAAGAGUACCGUGCGUGGACAGCUCGACCAACACGUUCCUCACGUCGUCAGGAAGAAAUUCGGCAGUACAAACGAUACGUCAUGAAACGGCUAAUCGACAAAAAGGUAAUACAGCGGAAAACAGAAGCUACAGCAGAUGCUGCAGUCUGAUUCACGAGCUGAACCAACACGCACGAGCAAAUAGUCCCGAGAGGAAUGUUAUCUCCAUAUCUCUACCGGAAAUGAUCAAUAUAACUAUUGAGAGCACCAAUGGUCUAGAAUCAAGGAUCGCAGUGAUGGACGGCAGUGAUACCGUGGAGGAGAAACCGAAACCAAUUUCCAGCGACAAGGCAGCUCAAACGGACAAAGAGAUUAAAAAUAAAACUGAAGAAUCUCUUCUAAAAGAUUUUACAGUUAAAUCGACGGCCAUUCAAGCGGACGGCAGAGUUUUUAGAAUUGAAAAUAUCUUUCAGGAUCCGAAAAGCACAAGCUGUCAUGACGCGACUUCCGAUUUGAAGAAAGAAACUAUGAUGAAGAAGUCGGUAACUUUUAGAAGUUCCUUAGGUACUUCCUCUGACAUCAAGACAAAAGAGAGCGGCACGGAAAUGGAAUGGGACGGAAUAUAUAUCGGGGAUCUUGGUCAGAGAACACGGUCGAUUCCGAAAGGCGGUUUAAUGCAGACUUUCAUUAUUAAGAAACGUAGUUACAGUUUAAGUCCUAGAAAACCAAUACACAGACUUGCCUACACUGAUUUAUGGAAGAAUUGGACCCCUCCGUGUCCAGAAAGAUCGCCGGAACUUACCGAUUACAACAGAGAAAUGAGCGUUAUGUCACCUUCUGCGAAUCAAGAUAUUAAUUCAGUUAAUGAUUUUUCUUCUACGAUGAACAGCGAAUAUACUUUUACCGAUAUAAUUCCAAAAGAAACAGCUCAGGAAUCAUGUAAUCAAGAUUCGAGAGACAACUGCAUAAAUUUGAAGAAAUCAAAAUCUGUUACGCUAAAGAACUUAUUAAACUACGAUUAUAAUUUUUCGGAUGACAGCCUUGAUUAUGACGAAGAAAGCAUUGCAAAGAAGUCAGUUGAAAUAAAAACGAUGGAUUUGCACGACGAUAACAAUUAUGAGAGCUUUUGUCCACCGGACGUCGUUGCGCACACGAAGAAGGAGGCUUUGAAGUCGAUUAAUCAUGUAGAUUCGACUAAAGUCGAGUCCUCGAUAAACGACGAGUUUGAUGACGCUCAAAUAGAAUUUCCGAAAAGAAAACCUGCAGAAAUAUCAGAAAAGAAUCCAAUACAGGAUUAUAAGCAAAUGAUCUUAGGGACAUCAUUGUACGUUGUAGACAGUGAUUCCGAACAAGAAGCAGAAACUAAACAGCUUGAUAAUAUUAGCAAGAAGAAGGUAUCUUUUUCACAGCCUAGCCUUGAAAAGAUAACUGAUGUCUCAACUAAUUGCAAAAUGCUGGCAUCAAAACAAAACUCGGAGGUAACCCUGAAGCCCAUUAUGAAGAAGAUAAAGAAAAAACCGAUUGUGACUGAAAGUUUAGACAUCAUUCAAUCGAAUAUCGAAAGUCAGUCCUUGCAACAGAAGAUAGAAUCGACGAAGAGCGAGGAAAUUCUGCCUGCCUUGAAAGAGAAUUAUGAUUCUGAGGACUCUGAAAAUCUAUUUAAUAACGAAAUAAUUGAGUUUUCCAACGAGGAUCAUCGCAACGAAGUUGUCGAAAGCAGUGUCGUCAUCAAUGAAGAUACUCGUUCUCGCACAGCAUCAAAAAGAAAUAUUUUUGAAGAAUAUUUGAAUGAGGCAAUAAUCUUCAUGCGCAACAUGAACUCUAUCAACGAGUACAUGAGUGCCACAUACAUGUUAGAGAACUAUGGAAAGCGUCGCAGAAGACGAGGCAAUCGUCGUGCGAACACUUUGAACACGGAUAAAGAUUGUGUAGAGUUCCGAGGGCGCAGAGUGAGCCUAAAGGAUGACACUGAUAAAUAUUUGCAGCCAGACAACGAUGAAAUUGUUGCUGUCGAAUCUUACGUGAAAUGUUUGAAAGGCAUCGAGAGAUUGGAGGCAUGCAUCGAUAAGGUCAGCAAGCAUAACCAGGUACUUCGAGACAGAUACGGUAUCGAUCUCGAGUCUGCUGGCGCUAAAUCGAGUUUAGUGAGUUCCAGUGUAGACUCUAAGGUGUCCAGCAUCGAUGACAGUGUGAUCCAUCAAUGUGGAAAUGCAGUUUCUGAAAAUAAUGUCGAGAAUUGCGAUGAAUCCAGUCUUUCCAGAAUUUCCUUGCCGCUUUCGUCUUCCAAUCGAGCUGACGUUACAAAACGAUCUACUUUAAGCGAGACAGAAAAAUACCAAGCUACUGAGAUAGAUAAAUAUGAUCUUGACAACAAGAACAAUAACAUUACAACGGAGGAUAAUCUCGAGCGCAAAAUCUUCAAUCAACUAAUGCGCGCAGCCGAUCUUAGUAAGUGUUGGAGCUCGAAACAAUCCCGACAGGAACGCCUCCAAAAAAUAUCCGACCUUAAAUCGCAAAGUCCGACAACUUACUCCAAGUUACGAGGGACUUUCGAACAGGACGCUCACGGCAUCCUUAAUUUCGACAAAGUUUCCACCACCGAGGAUUAUCUCGGUCACAUUCGCGGAAUCGAGAGUAGCCCCUGGACGUUUAGGAAAACGAAACCUUCGAAUCAAACGGAUGGUAUUAACUCGAGGACAUCGAUCGAUUUUCAGAUUGAUUCUGAAGAAUCGCCAGAAGACAACGAUAAUCUGUCAGACAUAGAUGCGUCGAAUGAAUCGACGAUUUUCCAGAUAAAACGUCACGAUCACUCGGUAGAGACUACAAAAUCGAUCGAGGAAGGACAAACGGAAAUGGAAAUUGCGCGGAGAUCAAAAGAUAGUCCAAGAACCCAAUUAAUGAAUCCCAAAUUUGGAGAAUCUUUCACUGUGGAAUUAAAAUAUCCCGGGAGUCCAAGAGCAAAAUUUUUGGAGCUCUUGAAAGAGAGAAGACGAAUCGUAGAAAAUAGCAGGGGUACAAAUGCAUUUUAAGAUCAUUCAAGCGAUCUUCUUAAAUUCUAAAUCUAUUUUUCACAUAUAUUUUAUAUUUUGAAGAAAACAGUUAUAAUGUACAAUCGAAUUAAGUAUAGAAAUAUUUGAAAAGAAACUUGUAAAUAAUGGCAACGUAAUAUUUAUGCGAGCUUCACGUUCUUUUAAUUUUGUCAGUCUUUUAAUUUAACAAUUUAUCUUUAGUAGUCAUAAUAAUGAUCGUAUCGAUAAUUAUGUGCAAAGUGUUAAUGGACUUUAACUCAUAGAAAAAUGUGUAAUUAAUAUUUAAUUAAAUAUUGUUUGUCAAAUUUUCACAUUCAAUAUUUAAUAUUGGCUUAAAUAUUUUACAUGAUCAACAAUUUAAUAUCUGAUAUCAAACUCAGCAAAAUUUUCUAGUUAAAAAAAUUUAAAUUAAAGACCACUAACACUUGUCACAUAUUAUAAUUAUAUAAUUAAAUAAUGAACGAUAUCUUGUACAUAAUUAUAAGUAAUGGUUUUUUCCAAAGUAAUAACGCACGAUUUUCCCACUCUACAAAUUUUUAUACAACUUCUACUAUAAAAAUAUCGUUAAAUAUUUCAAUAUUAAUAGCAAGCUAAAACAGUUUAAUUUGUAAGAAUUGUAUUUAAGAAUUCUUAAUCAUCUUUAUGAGAAUACGUUAAUAUUACAAUGUAUAUCAUAAGACAACAAAAAUAAUUAAUGUAUCAUUCAUAAAUAUUAUCGUUUAAUAAAGGAUAUUUUA